AUGGAUGGAGCGAAUCACUCUGUGGUGUCAGAGUUUGUGUUCGUGGGACUCAUCGAUUCCUGGGAAAUUCAGCUUCUCUUCUUUGUGUUCUCCUCCACGUUUUAUGUGGGAAGCAUGAUGGGCAACUCCCUCAUUAUGCUCACUGUGACUUCUGACCCUCACUUACACUCUCCCAUGUACUUUCUGUUGGUCAGCCUCUCCUUCAUUGACCUGGGAGUUUCUUCUGUCAUUUCUCCCAGGAUGAUUUAUGACCUUUUCAGAAAGCGUAAAGUCAUCUCCUUUGAUGGUUGCAUCGCCCAGAUCUUCUUUAUACACUUCAUUGGUGGUGUGGAGAUGGUGCUGCUCAUUGCCAUGGCCUUUGACCGAUAUGUUGCCAUAUGUAAGCCUCUGCACUAUUUGACUAUUAUAAACCAAAAAAUGUGUAUUUUGCUUUCAUUUGUUGCAUGGGUAAUUGGGUUGACCCACUCUGUGAUUCAACUGGUUUUUGUUAUAAAAUUGCCAUUCUGUGGCCCUAAUGUGUUAGACAGCUUUUAUUGUGACUUUCCUCGGCUCAUCAAACUUGCCUGCACAGAUACUUCCAGUCUAGAGUUCAUGGUCAUAGCCAACAGUGGGUUCAUAUCUCUGGGAUCAUUCUUCAUAUUGAUUGUCUCAUACAUUUCUAUCCUGAUCACUGUUCGGAAACACUCUUCAGGAGGCUCAUCUAAGGCCCUGUCCACUUUGUCAACUCAUGUCAUGGUGGUGGUUUUGUUCUUCGGUCCUUGCAUCUUUGUUUAUAUCUGGCCUCACCCCAACUCACACCUAGACAAAUAUCUUGUUGUUUUUGAUGCGGUUCUCACUCCUUUUUUUAAUUCACUCAUCUAUACAUUCAGGAACAAAGAAAUGAAAGUGGCAAUGAGGAAAGUAUGCAGUCGAUUUAUUAUAUAUAGAAGGAUUUCUUAA